AACGUCGCUCUGUUUGACACCAUGGCCGAUGAACGAGAGCCAGCCACGGAGGAACACGAUAUGGAGUCGACCGUCUUCGCUGCCUUGAUCCGCAGCCUUGGUAUACCACUCGAUUGCGUUGUUGUAAUCUUGUUCGACAACUUCGCCACCCUCAUAGCACCGACCGAGGGCAAUUUGCGCCUGAAGGAUGCCAUGGGCUGCAAGCUUGGAAUACAGCUCGAAUGCCUUGCUGCGGUCUUGUGGGACUCCACGGCCACCGAGGAAGCACUCAGCCAGGUGAAACUGGGCCAUGGGGUGGUUAGCGUGAGCCGCUGUUUCGUAAAGUCGGGCAAUUUUCUGUUUUCUGGCCACCAGCUCGGACCAAUUGAUUUCGGCCUUGUCGAUUUGCAAGAUCCGAGCCAGGAAAUACGAAGCAACAGCGCUUCCUUGGUCUGCUUGGACAACGAGCCAGGAUCGAUCGGCAGCCUCUUGACCGUCAUAGUGCUGCGAGAGGGCAAUCCUGUCGCUCGGUGUGAGGCCGAUUCGCAUCUGUCCGUCUGGAUUGCACAGACCUGCCUCUCGACACCAGUUGUGGAAGCGAGGCAGCGUAGAGCUCAAGAGAGGUCUGGCUCGGUUGCAGACGAGGAGCAAGGUCUUGAUUGUGAGAUGAUCGAGGGCACGCUGGAAGCCCUCGUUGAAGCAGACAAUCGUGAAGAGGUCAGGAUACAAAAGACCCGGCUGUACUGCAUCAAGCAUCGAUGGGAUUGUGCCAAACAACUGAUUUGAAGCCGUUGUGUGUUGUUCGGGAAUGGCAGCGACUUGAGGCGAGCUAUCGGCGAUGUCGCCGGAUGGGAUGUCUCUGGUCGGCUCGGUGGGACUGGCCAUGGUGAAGGGGGGAGAUGGAACCAAUGUGCAGUCGGUGGGAGCCGGGACUGGAUGAAAUGAGAUG